AUGCAGGAGGAGCAGCAGGGGGACACGGUCGUCCCACUCUGUCCUGUCCCCCAGACCCACCCCUCCCUCCACCUCCUGCUCUCCACUAAUCCCCCCACCCCCCCCCAACACUCGUGCUCGCACACACGCCGUCAGACAUCUUCCUACCGCACAUGCAGGAGGAGCAGGAGUGGACACACAGUGAGUCCGCGUGCUCUCACCUUCCCUAUUCCCUCACCCCUCCCCCCGUCAGACAUCUUCCUACCGCACAUGCAGGAGGAGCAGGAGGUGGACACAGUGGUGUCCAUCAUGUACCCCUUUGAAGGAGACAACCCACCUCCCCCGGUAACCACCUCCCUCCUCUUUCGUUUGCCCUUGGGACACACUCUCUUACACUCUCUGUCUCGCACACUCUUGCCCACCCCCUGGCAGCUGCUGGCGGAGUAUGACUGGGAGAUGGACGAGUACGAGGAGUUCACAGACAACCUGGUCAAGGACGAGUCGCUACCAGAAGCGGAGAAGGCCAAGUUCAUUGAGUAUGUGAAGAAAGAGGUGAAAGAGGCCAAGCUUAAGGCAAAGAAGGAGCGGGAGGAGCGCAAGAAGGCGAUAGAGGACAUGGGGGAGGAGCGCCUGGAGGCGCUCAAGAACCUCAAAUUCCUCAAGUUCUACCCCAAACAGACAUUCGUCGCGGUGCUGGUGGCCGUUGUCUACGCAGACCACGACGACCCGGAAUUAACCAACACCUUCACGGCGAAGCUGAUUGGCGCCAACGAGGUUCCCAAGAAUGACUCCGAAGCUGCCAGGAAGGCCGUAGGUGACAAAAGCGGCGUGGUGCAAAUGAAGCUCGACUUCUACAAGAAGGAGGGCAACCUGAUGUGGGUGGAGUACUCAGUGAAGGCGUCGAAGUUGGAGGGCGAGAUGCCGCCCACCAAGACGCACAUCCACCCGGGGAAGAAGGGCGAGAACAACCCCGUGCUGCUGGACCUGCCCUGCAAGUACAAGCAGACCAGCGCCUCCGAGUGGCUCUGUGAGGGCGCCAUGUGGGAGGACAAGUGGCUCUCGAAAUCGGAGGUGGCGAUUUUCACCAAGAUCGGAAAGCACCCCACAGCGUUCUACGGGAAUAUCCACACCAAGAAGUACCCCGAUGGCGCCGCGCGCAGCGGGCUCGUUACCGUGCGGUGGGAGGCGCACAUGGCGGCCGUGCAGCGCGACUUGCGGCGCGUCCGACGCGGGAACAGGCGGCUGCAGAGCGGCGACGACGAGGAGGAGGUCGUGUUCGGACUCGUCGGCAACGCGGACCCGCAGAUAGCAGGUCUGUACUUUGCGUCGGUGGCGUUGGGCUCCCCCCCGCAGUUGUUCAACGUGCAGGUGGACACGGGCAGCGACUUGCUCUGGGUUGCGUGCCAGCCGUGCCUCAAAUGCGCCACGCGCUCGCAAGUCGCGCCGUUGAGCCCGCCGUUCAACGCGUCGCAAUCCUCCUCCAAUCACCUCCUCCCGUGCGCGACGCGACAGUGUCCGCGCUACCACCUCUCCGACAACGUCCUGCGCGGCUGCCCGUCGCCGGCUGUCGCGACGGCGGCCGCCGUGCCGGCCUCCACGUGUCUGUACAUGCUGCGCUACGCGGACGGCAGCGCGUCGGUCGGCGUGCUCAUGCGCGACGUGCUGCACCUGCCGUGGACACCCAGCGAGCAACCCGUGGGACCCGGGGGGGGUGGGACAGGAGAAAGUGGGCCCGAGGGGAAUGGGAGAAGCGGGGACUUACCGUCGACCGCCAGCGAGCCCUUGGGAGGGGGAGGGGGGGGAGUGGCUGGGGUGGCGAGGACGAGUGGUAACCAGGUGCCUGGCGAGAGUAACGAGAGUAGCGAGAGUAGUAACCUCAACAUUGUGGAGCCGCGGAGAAUUGGGCAGGAAGUGGCGGCUCAACGCGCGGCCCCAGCGAGCGGUGGCGGCGGGGCUGUUGAUAACGCGGAUGAAGGACAGAGAAGCAGCACGGCUGCUUAUAGCGGGGAUGAAACUCAGGGAAGCAGCGCGAACGCGUCCGCGAACGGCACCAAGUACCGGCCGGUCGUGACGUUCGGGUGCGGGUUCAACCAGUCCGGCAAUCUUUUAGACGGCCCGCUGACGGUCGACGGCGUGAUGGGGCUGGGCCGUGGCGCGUCGUCGCUGCUGGCGCAGCUCGGCGCGCAGCACGCGCUGCCGCACGCGUUCGCGCACUGCCUGGGCGGGCCGGAGGGCGGCGGCGCGCUUUUUCUCGGGCGCGUGUCGUCCGCGGGCGCGCUGAGCGGCGUGCGGGGCGUGUGGCAGCAAACGGCGCUGUGGGACAAACCCGACAGCACGCAGUGCAUGAUCGCCCUGGCAGGCAUAGCCAUCGCUGGUCACGCACGCGUACGCAAUCGGCUGGGCAAUUCAUCGUCAUCCCCUGGCAGCUGUCUCCUCCAUCCCCUCGGCACCCGUAUCACCCUCUCUCCCUUCCUCUCCCCUUUCCCCUCCGCUCUCUCCCCCGUCUCGCAUUGCAGCACACAAUACAUGAUCGGCCUGGCAGGCAUCGCCGUCGCUGGUGUGCCCAUUGCGUGGCAACCCACAGUCGUCGCUGCCAUCCCUUCUUCUGCCGCUGCUGCUGCUGCUGCCGCCCAAACCACCUCCUCGCUUGCUGCGCCAGCAGGCAAUGCCACAGGCUCGGCAGCGGCAGGGAUGGUGCCGUGCGUUACCAGUAGAGAGAUGGACGCGCGCCGUGCGUCCUUGCUCUGCGACUUGCAGGUUGACUCGGAAUCGUUUGAGAAUCCUCAGAAUGAACAACUGUGCACCACUGCACCAUGGCUGCUCCCUCUGUGGGCACUGCUUGCCUGCUCACUCAUCGCCUCGACGCUCUUCCUUCCCCCUACCCCCGAUGCCUUCUCCCCUUCCUCCUGCCCCCUUGCCUUUUUCCCCGCCCCCUUACCUUGCCCCUUUCCCCGCCCCCUUACCUUGCCUUUUUCCCCGCCCCCUUACCUUGCCUUUUUCCCUGCCCCCUUACCUUGCCUCUUUCCCCGCCCCCUUACCUUGCCUCUUUCCACGCCCCCUUACCUUGCCUCUUUCCACGCCCCCUUACCUUGCCUCUUUCCACGCCCCCUUACCUUGCCUCUUUCCCCGCCCCCUUCCCCCCAUGCCCCCCCCCCCCCCGACCCUUUACCGUUCCGCCAGUUGGUGCAAGCCAUGCUGGUGCAAGCCAUCGACUUGCCGCUGCUCGCCUUCGCGCAGACAGAGGGCCACUUCUGCUACAACCUGGGCGACGGCCGGCUCCCCUGGCCCCGCGCGCGCUACCUGUUCCCGGACCUGACUCUGACGUUCGGCACUGGGGCUCGCAUGGUGCUGCCGCCCGAAAACUACAUCCUGCUGCUCGCCACCACUGCUGUACGCUCGGGACUGGGGCUUCGAGGCGCGCUGCACUGCGUGGUUGUGAGACGUCUCAGAGCGCCGGCCCCGACUCCUCCCUCGCCCCUCCGCCCGCUCAUUCCCCUCCUGUCAACCCUCACCCCUUUUCUCCUCCCCCUCCAGGGCUUCGAGGUGCCAUGCAUUGCGUGGCAGAGCGCCGGCCCCGACUCCUCCCUCGCUGUGCUGGGCGACCUAGCGCUGCGCAAUCUGCUGGUGGAGUUUGACGUGGAGGCCAACACCGUUCGCUGGCUGCCCUCCCAGUGUGAGCUCUCCGCUCCCCUCCCACUGUGGCCUCACCCCGAGUAA